AUGUCUACAAAUGAUCAGGAAGAUGAUCUGAAAGAUGAUCAGAGACAUGAUCAGGACAAGAUGUGGUGGUUUGCAAAAGGGUUGGUUUCAUGUGAAAAGAAGAUGAUCUUUUGUAAAUUGAAAGAUCCUGAAGCCAAGCUCAAAUGGAUUAAGAGGGAAAUGGCUAAGGUUCCUAGGAGGCUUCCUGAAACAUCAAUUCUGAAAGUGUUCUUGGAACUUAAACAAUUAAUUUUUGAUGAAGAUGAUCAGAGACAUGAUCAGGACAAGAUGUGGUGGUUUGUAAGAGGGUUGGUUUCAUGUGAAAAGAAGAUGAAGAUCUUUUGUAAAUUGAAAGAUCCUAAAGCCAAGCUCAAAUGGAUUAAGAGGGAAAUGGCUAAGGAAUGA